GAGUUAUUGCAAAAUAUGUUGACUUUGAUAAACCAAAUUAAUCAAAAUAUUAGAAGCAAUAAUGCUGGAAAUAAUAACAGUUCUGGAAAUAACAAUCAAAAUGAAAAUGAAACAUUUGUUUAUAUUCCUGAACAGGAUGUUCACAUCUUCACUGCUGAAAGGAGUAAAAGGAGAUCCCAAAGGAUAAAUCCUUUGAGUUGCAAAGGAAAGGAACCUAUGGAGGAUCUCAAAGUAUCACUGUUGAAAGGAAAAAGUCUAAAAGGACCACAACAAGGAAAAGGAAUGUUGAGGAUGAAUUACCUGCAAUUGCAUUCUUG